AUGGCACGCGUUUACCCAGAUGUGAACCAGAAGAUGCCCAAGUCGUACUGGGACUAUGAUAGUGUUAAUAUAUCCUGGGGGGUCCUAGAGAAUUAUGAAGUUGUGCGGAAAAUUGGAAGAGGGAAAUACUCAGAAGUGUUUGAAGGAGUAAACGUUGUGAACUACCAGAAAUGUGUCGUCAAAGUCCUCAAGCCAGUCAAGAAGCGGAAGAUCAAGCGAGAAAUCAAAAUUCUUCAGAACUUGUCUGGUGGCCCAAACGUUGUCGCCUUGUUGGACGUUGUUCGCGAUAGUCAGAGCAAGACACCCAGUCUGGUUUUUGAAUACGUUAAUAACACCGACUUUCGAACGCUAUACCCCCGAUUAGUUGACUACGACGUACGGUACUACAUAUUUGAGCUUCUGAAGGCCCUAGACUUUUGCCAUAGCAAGGGAAUAAUGCACAGGGAUGUCAAGCCGCAUAACGUCAUGAUUGACCAUGAACGGAGAAAGUUACGACUUAUCGAUUGGGGUUUAGCUGAGUUCUACCACCAAGGAAUGGAGUACAACGUCAGAGUUGCCUCCCGUUAUUUCAAGGGCCCUGAACUGCUCGUUGAUUUCCAGGAGUACGACUAUUCACUAGAUAUGUGGUCCCUCGGAGCCAUGUUCGCCUCGAUGAUCUUCAGAAAGGAGCCGUUCUUCCACGGUAGCAGCAAUGCGGACCAACUGGUGAAGAUUGCUAAAGUUCUUGGGACAGAUGAGUUGUUUGACUAUCUUGAUAAAUAUAACAUCGAGCUAGACCCUCAGUACGACGAGAUUCUCCAACGUUAUCCCCGGAAAACUUGGCACUCCUUUGUGAAUUCCGACAACCAGAGAUUCAUUAGCAACGAGGCAAUUGACUUCCUGGAUAAAUUGUUAAGAUAUGACCACACCGCACGUCUUACUGCUCAGGAAGCGAUGGCACACCCAUAUUUCGCCCCUGUCCGCGCAGCAGCCACCACAAAUGCUCAAAGUAACUCCGGAACCACACCAAAUGCCUAA